AGUGGAUGUACUCGGGACCUAUGGUUACCUCUAAUGGUAGGUAGAUCAAACCGAGUUUUUCCAAUAGAUAGUAACCAUCUCACCCUUUCAUACACAAAAUUCACGAGUGAAAAAAAUAGAUGAGAUAUGUAUAUAAACGGAAGCUUUUUCAUUUGAUCUCUUUUCACUCUUCUUUAUACACUUUCGAGAGGGGCGUAACUCCAUAUGCUGUCCCGUGUUGCUACUCGUUCAAGAAGUGCUCUUAUUGCACGCUUACCUUCUGCCUCUACUUCAGUUCUCAGACAAUCGCUUUUACCCAAGGCUCAUGUCAAGUCUGUUGUUCGUUUGCAACAUACAACUAAGCCUGCUUUAGCUAAAUUAGCUCCUUUGGAUACCUUUCCUCGUCGUCAUAUCGGUUCUGAAGGUAAAGAAGUUCAGGAAAUGUUACAUCAAUUGGGUAUCAAGGAUAUCGAUGAACUCUUGGGAAAGACUAUCCCAUCUGCCAUUCGUUCUCCAAAGCCAUUAGCUAUCGGACAAGGUCUUCCCGAGCGCCAGUUGCUCAAACGUCUCAAGGACAUUGCCUCAAAGAACAUGGUCAAUCGUUCUUAUAUCGGUCAAGGCUAUACAGAUACGGUAGUACCCAAUGUCAUUUUGCGCAACAUCCUCGAAAAUCCAGCAUGGUAUACACAGUACACACCCUAUCAGCCCGAGAUUGCCCAAGGUCGUCUCGAAUCCUUAUUGAACUAUCAGACUAUGGUUUCUGAUCUUACCGGUUUGCCUAUUGCCAAUGCAUCUCUCUUGGAUGAAGGUACUGCCGCCGCUGAAGCCAUGUUGAUGAGCUGGCAAUCAGCACGUAGCAAAAAGAACGUAUAUGUGGUUGAUGAAAACUGUCACCCCCAAACCAUUGCUUGCUUAAAGCUCCGCGCUGAAGCAUUCAAUAUAGAAAUUGUCGUUGCCAAUGUGCUUCAAUAUCAUUUUGAGGAAAACAAAAAGAAUCUCUGUGGUGUUUUGUUGCAGUAUCCCAAUACCCGUGGCUCCAUUCACGAUUAUGAAGCCUUGACUGCUCGAAUCCAUUCUGCUGGUGGUCUUGUCGCAGUUGCUACUGAUUUGAUGGCCUUGACCUUGUUGAAGGCUCCUGGUGAAUUUGGUGCUGAUAUUGCCCUUGGUAACUCUCAACGAUUUGGUGUUCCCUUGGGCUUUGGUGGUCCUCACGCUGCCUUCUUCGCCUGUAAAGAAGAACACAAGCGUCGUAUCCCAGGUCGCUUGAUUGGUGUAUCCAAGGAUGCAGAUGGUAACAACGCAUAUCGCCUCGCUCUUCAAACUAGAGAACAACACAUUCGUCGUGAAAAGGCUACCAGUAACAUCUGUACCGCCCAAGCUCUUUUGGCCAACAUGUCCGCCAUGUAUGCUAUCUACCAUGGACCCGAAGGUCUUCGAGCCAUUGCACAACGUAUUAAUGACAUGACAGCUGUCUUGGCUAAUGGUAUUUGUCAGUAUGGCUUCGAGAUCGAAAACAAGGACAAUUUCUUCGAUACACUUUCCGUCAACGUCGGCAACUCGUCCUCUAUCCUUCAAAAGGCUGCUGCAGAGGGCAUCAACCUUCGUGCUAUCGAUAACCACACUAUCGGCAUCACUUUGGAUGAAGCAGUGACCCAAGAAGAUCUCGACAAGCUCCUCCAUGUGUUCCAGAAGGAAGGUGCACCUGUCGUCACCGUCGAGAGCCUGUCCAGUACAUUGGAAUCCAACCGCCUAACCUUCCCUCAUCAGCUCAAGCGUACGUCCAACUAUUUGACUCACCCUGUCUUCAACUCCUAUCACUCUGAGACCGAGAUGCUUCGAUACAUCCAUCAUCUCGAAAGCAAGGAUCUCUCCUUGGUCCAUUCCAUGAUUCCUCUUGGCAGCUGUACCAUGAAGUUGAACGCCACAACCGAAAUGAUUCCUGUUACCUGGCCCGAAUUUUCCAAUAUUCACCCAUUCGCACCUGUUGAUCAGACACGUGGCUAUCUCGCGAUGUUGGAUGAGCUUGCAGAUGACUUGAAGGAAAUCACUGGCUUUGAUGGUGUCUCCCUUCAACCUAACUCAGGCGCUCAAGGUGAAUACGCUGGUCUUCGUGUCAUCCGUGCCUACCACCAAGCUCGUGGUGAAAGCCACCGUAAUGUGUGUUUGAUCCCUAUCUCAGCUCACGGCACCAACCCUGCAUCUGCAGCCAUGUGUGGUAUGGACAUUGUGAUUAUUCAGUGUGACAGCAAGGGUAACUUGGACAUGAAGGAUUUGAAAGCAAAAGCAGAAAAGUACAAGGACCGAUUGGGUGCUAUCAUGAUCACGUACCCUAGUACAUUUGGUAUGUUUGAAGCAGGUGUCGCUGACGCAUGCAAAGUCGUACACCAACACGGCGGUCUCGUUUACCUUGACGGUGCCAACUUGAAUGCCCAGAUAGGUUUAACCAAGCCUGCAGAGAUUGGUGCUGACGUCUGUCACAUGAACUUGCACAAGACCUUCUGUAUUCCUCAUGGUGGUGGUGGACCAGGUAUGGGCCCUAUCGCAUGUACCAAAGAACUCGAACCCUAUCUUCCUGGCCACCCCGUCGUUCCCUGUGGCGGACAAAACGCGAUUGGGCCUGUUUCUGCUGCUCCUUAUGGAUCUGCUUCAAUCUUGCCUAUCUCCUGGGCAUAUAUCAAGAUGAUGGGUGGUGAAGGCUUAACAAAGGCUACUAAGCUCGCCAUUUUGAACGCAAACUACAUGGCCAGCCGUCUGUCUGAGCACUACGAGAUCUUGUUCACCAACGAAAACGGUAUGUGUGGUCACGAAUUUAUCGUUGACAUUCGACCUUUCAUGGACUAUGGUAUUGAAGCCAUUGAUGUUGCCAAGCGUCUUCAAGAUUACGGAUUCCACAGCCCCACCAUGUCUUGGCCAGUCACCAAUACGCUGAUGAUUGAACCCACCGAAUCCGAAAGCAAGGCUGAACUCGAUCGUUUCUGUGAUGCCAUGAUUUCUAUUCGUCAAGAGAUUCAACAAGUGAUCGACGGCAAAUUACCCAAGAAGGACAAUAUGCUCAACAGAGCUCCUCACUCUCUCAAGACACUCAUGUCUGAUAAAUGGGACCGCCCUUACUCUCGUGAGGUCGCUGCUUUCCCCAUGCCAUACUUGCGUGAAAAGAAAUUCUGGCCUAGUGUGUCUCGUGUAGAUGAUGCCUAUGGUGAUAGAAACUUGAUGUGUACUUGUCCUUCUCCUGAAGAGUACGCCUAAAUAAGAAAAUUGUGUAUUUAUUUGUAUAAUGUAUAGACCAUCUUUAUUUAUUCCCAAUAUUUUGAUCUUAAUAAAGAUUUAAUCAAUGUAGACCACGUUUAGAAAAGAUAAUGAAUCAAACUAUCGAUGUCAUCUUAUCUAACUUAUAUAGUGAGCACUUCUUCUAGACACUACAUGUAAGAUUGACUAGUAGGAUACCCUUUGAUGUAAAAUACGAAUAUAUCACAAUCAUACGUGAGCUAAAUGGUCUUUUUAGAUCAAAC